UACUGCAGAAGGGACUGUUGGGAUUUUUCUGCGAGUUCUCUUUCUUUGCGCCUCUCUCUCCGACGAACAGGAUCGCGACCUCCCUCUCUCUCCCUCCCUCCCUCUUUCCGAUCAGCGAACCACCGCGCGCAACCCACGAACCACCGCGCGGGAUCGGCGAAAGGGCCGCGAGCAACUGACAAACCACCGCACGGGACCGGCAAGAGGACCGCGACCUCCCUCUCUCUCUCUGCCCUCCCUCUUUCCGACCGGCGAACCACCGCGCUGCCCCUCCGGCUCCAGAUCCGGCCCCAACUCGUCCGUCCCUUGCUCUUUCUCUCCCCUCGCGUCUCUGUCUGCCCUCCCUCUCUCCGACGGCAAACCAGCGCGUGACCGGCGAAUUAAUAUUUUCUCCUUGCGGUAGAAGCAACGAAAAUAUCUUUGAAGUCUACAGCGAGGUAGUCUUAGCAAUUUCGAGGAAGGAAGGUUUGUUUCGGUGGUCUUGGUCAAGAAGGUGAGGGUAAAAAAGCAGUACAAUUGCCGCGUGAAAAGACGCGCAAUCCUCUCCACAAGAAUGCGCGUCUCCUAGUACUUGUGCCUCAGGAGCAUAAACGCCAAUCACCAUAAAUCACUUGAGACGCUCUCGUCUUUUGUUCUGAGAGAUCUGAUCUUGGCAGCUCUAGUUUGAGGCGUGAAGCUGAUCCUCAGAUUGUAUUGUUCUUUCGGAAUCCAAACACAACUUGAUCUGCUUCAAGACAAUUUCUUCUCAAACACAAAAGCCCAUCACAAUAAUUUCAUCUUUGCAUCGCUCCUCCAGACUUCCAUGGAGAAAGGACAAAGUCAGAGUAAGGCAAACAAAAGGAUGCACCGUUUCAAUUUAGGCCGUCCCUUUGCGGUAUUCAAUCAUCUCAAGAAGAAGAAAAACGGUGCAGAGAAAGAGAGCAUUGAGGGAGCAUCCAUUUCUUCCUUUAUCUCUUCGAUACCCACAGGAGGAGGCAGUGAUCAAUACGACAUAUUCUUGAGCUUUCGAGGCUCGGACACCCGCAAGGGAUUCACCGAUCACCUCUACCGCAGUCUGAUCAAUGUAGGGACCGUACCAAUUUCCGUGUUCAAGGACGAUAAUAGCCUCGAAAUUGGAAAGGAUUUUGAUUCAGAGAUUCUCGAUAUCAUCACGCAGUCUAAGAUUUCGAUUCCUAUUAUUUCCGAAAAUUAUGCUUCGAGCAAAUGGUGCCUCCGUGAGCUAGUUCGUAUCAUGGACUGCAAGAAGAGCAUGUCUCACAUGGUGUUGCCCAUUUUUUACAAAGUGAACCCAUCCGAUGUGCGGUAUCUAAAGGGAAAAUUUGGGGAGGCCUUCCAUAUGCGUAAGAAGCGUUUUGAUGAGAAGGAUAUUCAGGAAGGGAGACAAGCCCUUACAGAAGUGAGUUACUUAAAUGGAUGGGAAUCUGAAAAAUUUUCUAAUGGGCAUGAAGGAGAAUUAGUGGAAGAAGUCAUCAAAACUAUUCUGAGCAAGUUGAGACAUGAUUUUCAGCUUGAUGUUCCUAAGCAUUUAGUUGGAGUUGGCGAUCAUGUCAACAAAAUUAGGAAUUGGGUUGAUACUCCUGCCAGUCAUGCUCGAAUGAUUGGAAUAUAUGGCAUGGGCGGGAUCGGUAAAACAACUCUUGCCAAGGUCAUCUACAAUGAGCUGUUGAAUGACUUUUUGCAUCGUAGCUUCCUUCCAGAUAUACGAGAGACAGCUCACCACAACGGUAUUCUUUAUUUACAAAAUCUACUAAUUAAGGAAAUACUACCCAAUGAACAUCAAGUUUGCAAAGUUGAUGAUGGAAUUAGUUUGAUCAAAUCUAGAUUCAAAGGAAAAAGGGUUCUCAUUCUUCUAGAUGAUGUUGAUCAUCAAGAUCAACUAAAUGCUUUGGCUAGAGAACGUGAUUGGUUUUCGACAGGAAGUAUCAUCAUUGUUACGACUAGAUAUGAAGCUAUUCUUGAUCAACCUGAAUUCCAAGCAGACUACAAGUAUGAACUGAGCGAAUUAGAUGAGGUGCAUUCUUUGCUUUUAUUUAAAAGGCAUGCAUUUCACAUGGGCCAUUGUUCAAAGGACUUUGAGGGUAUCUCACGUGAUAUCUUAUCCACCAUGGGCGGGCUUCCCCUAGCUAUCAAGGUCAUAGGUUCAUACUUGUAUGGGAAAACAAAUGGAAAAGUAUGGCAAGAUAUACUGAAGAAAUUAAGAAACGAACCGGCUAAAGACGUACAAAAGAUAUUGAUGAUAAGUUAUGAUGCAUUGGAACCUGAACAUAAGAAUAUUUUUCUCGAUAUUGCUUGCUUCUUUAUCGGCGAAGAUAGCAAAUUCGCCAUUUACACGUGGGAGGAUUUUUAUCCAUAUCAAGGAAUUGAAGAGUUGAAGUUGAGGUGCUUAAUUAAAAUUGGAGAUCGUGGUGAGUUUAGGAUGCAUGAUCAACUAAGAGAUCUUGGAAGGAGCAUCUUUUGCCAAGGACAAUCGCUUGAAAGAUGUCUGAAACAAUGGGUUGACCAAGAAGGCUUAACAGUGAAACCGGAAUGUGGGGCACGCUAUUGUUUGAAAAACUACGAUACAUACUUUCAAUGGCCCCGUGGCUGUUCCCCUGCAUACACAAGUGAACAAUUUAAAAACUUACCGAGCUCAAGGUUCCUUCAAUUGUGCUGGAAGGCUUUAAGUGGAGACUUUAAUGAACUAUUUUCUGAAUUAAGAUGGCUUCGAUGGUUUUACAUUGAACCCAACAUGCUAUCUUCAGCGAUAAAUUUCCAUCUAUCUAAAUUAGUGGUGCUAGAGUUGUCACAAAACAAGCUCGCAGAGGAUUGGAGCGGAUGGAGUUCAAUUAUGGUUGCAAAGCGGCUAAAAGUUCUCAACCUUUCAUAUAGCCAGGUUUUAAGAUGUACUCCUGAUUUCUCGACUUUCACAGAGUUGGAGAUUCUAAUCUUGGAUGAAUGUUGCAAACUGGAGCAAGUCCACCCUUCUAUUGGCCAAGUCAAGAGACUUGUUUCCUUGUACUUGAGGAAUUGUCUCAAUCUCAAAGAGCUACCAGAGGAAGUGGGUGAAUUGCAAGAACUAAAAGAACUUCUUUUAGAUGAUGCUGGCAUUACAAAAAUUCCUAUGUCAAUUGGUUCUUUGAAGAAGUUGCAAAAGUUGAGUGUCCCACAUUGUUUGUCAUUGGUUGAAAUCCCUCUCUCAAUCGAUAAUCUUUCUUCUCUCCAACACCUUGACCUAAGUAGUUAUUCACUAUUGAGUGAGAUCUCUAGGUCAAAUAGGAAUCUUUCUUCUCUCGAAUGCUUUAACCUCCUUAGCUCAAUCGGGAAUCUUUCUUCUCUUCGACACCUCAACCUCUCUCAAUGUUCGUCAUUGAGAGACAUCCCUAGUUCAAUUGGAAAUCUUUCUUCUCUCCAACACCUCAACCUUUCUCAAUGUUUGUCAUUGAGAGACAUCCCUAGCUCAGUUGGGAAUCUUUCUUCUCCCGAAUGCUUUAACCUCCUUAGUUCAGUUGGGAAUCUUUCUUCUCCCGAAUGCUUUAACCUCCUUAGCUCAAUUGGGAAUCUUUCUUCUCUUCGACACCUCAACCUCUCUCAAUGUUCGUCAUUGAGAGACAUCCCUAGUUCAAUUGGAAAUCUUUCUUCUCUCCAACACCUCAACCUUUCUCAAUGUUCGUCAUUGAGAGACAUCCCUAGCUCAGUUGGGAAUCUUUCUUCUCUCUUACACCUUAACCUCUCUCAUUGUUCCUCAUUGAGAGAAAUCCCUAACUCAAUUGGGAAUCUUUCUUCUCUCCAAUACCUUAAUCUCUCUCAUUGUUCGUCACUAAGAGAAAUCCCUACCUCAAUUGGGGAUUUACACAAAUUGCAACAUCUGAACAUUGAUAAUCCUUUGAUUAAAGAGAUCCCCGAUGCCAUUGGAAGGUUUAAAGAACUGCGGAGGAUAAUUAUUAUAUCCCAUGAUAGUUGGGGAAUUGGAUCUGUCUAUUGCUCUCGUUCGCUUAGUAAAAUCAUUGACACAUCCUUAUCUACUCUGCCCGAUUGCAAGGAUAAAUCUUUUCUUCAGAACCUCCUUUCCCAACACUUUAAGGUGCUUCGAUUGAUGCCAAAGCAUCCUUUUGGUUUAACAUAUCUUCAAUACAAUUUCGCAAUUCCCAAAUUCCUACAACUUUCUUGUCUAAUCGACCUAGAAGAACUUCAUCUUUAUGCAUGCGAUCAACUUGAGAGCAUCCAGGGGCUUCCUUCAAGGCUCUUGAAAUUUUGUGUUGACUCAUGUCCAAACCUGAUAUUACCUGAGCUUGGCAGAUUCAAGUACUUGGAAGAGUUGUCGAUAAGACGCUGCAAUUUCAUUAAAAGAACGGACCUGUCACAAUGGAAUCGCUUGAAAGAAUUGGACAUUCAGGAUUGCGAUAAUCUAGUUGAAAUUCAAGGCCAUGGAGAAUUAGAGUUCUUGGAGACGAUAAAUAUAUAUAGCUGCAUGUCAAUUGAAAGGUUGAUCCUUCCGAAAUUACAGUGUUUGAAGUGACUACAUGCUUGCUCUUGCAACAAUCUAGUUGAAAUACGAGGUCUUGAUAAGGCAGAGUUGUUAGAGGCAUUAGAUAUUUCCAAUUGUGGGUCCAUUGAAAGAUUACCUAAAUUAGGAUGCUUUGCGACCUUGAAAGAGUUGAACAUUAAUGGGUGUCACCAUCUACAUGGUGUUGAGAGUCUCGAGAGAUUCUCAUCUUGCCGAAGUAUAUUUAUUAAGGAUUGCAAAAACCUAGAAAAACUACCAAACUUGUCGAAAUUUGAAAAUUUAGAGAGUUUCAUAAUCUUGGGUUUAAUCCGGCUUAGGGAGAUUCCUGGGAUUGGGGAAUCAAGAUCGCUAACAAAAGUAUCAAUCAUAGAAUGUCAAUCCUUGGAGACUUUGCCAGAUUUGUCAGGAUGUGAGAAGUUACGAUAUGUAAGGGUAGUAACAUGUGACAAACUUACUCAACUUUGGGGACUUGAAAAGUUGGAUUUGACUCUUUUGGAAAUUUAUGGGUGCCAGCAUGUACCAGAAUUAUUUAAAACAUGCAACGGGAGAUAUGAAUAUGAAUGCUUUUGUAUUCCCGAGGUAAUUAAAUUGCAGUGAUAAUAAUGUGAUGAACUUUAUACCAAUAUUACAAGAGCAGGCUAGUCAUGUUUCCUUGACAGAGGUAAAUAAGCAGCAAACUACCAUUUUUCUUUGAGUUUCAUGACCUAUUUUUCAUCAUUAUCUUCUUUUGACAAUAAGGUUUUCCUUGACAGGGUUUUGUUCUUCCUAAGUUCCUAGACUUAAUAACUUGAAGGAAUGGUGGAGUUGGUCGUAGAAGCUGACAUGAUGCUUCAGCCAAGAUCAAAAUUUA